UCACCAUCAGCAUCACCAACCGUCAACAACAACCUCCAAAUCUCAAGAAAAAUCAUCAAGAACAACCACAGCUACCUACUCAUUCAAAAUGCACCUCACCACCACCCUCUCUAUCCUCACGGCCCUCGCCGCCGCCUCCCCCAUCAACUCCCCUUCCAACCCCAAUUCUGCACCCGCAGCAAUCAACAAGCGCUUCGAAGCCAGUGUCCCGUGGAUCUGGCGCCCUAGAAAGACGGAUUUCGAGCAGUUUGAAGACAACGAGGCUACCAACAAUGGCGCUGAUGCCGCUGAUGCCGCCACCAACAAGGUCAAGCGGUUCGAAGCCAGUGUCCCUUGGAUUUGGAGACCUAAGAAGACCGAUUUCGAGCAGUUUGAGGAUGGCGCCGGUAAUGCCGAUGCGGAUGCCACUGGCGAGACUCCUGGUGCUGUUGAGCGUGCGGAGGGCGAGGAGAAGUGAGAAGCUUCUAGCUGGACACUGCCAGCGGUGGUGAUCAACUGGAACGCUUUGGUUUGGGGUUGAUGGACAUCCUGGUGAGAGUGUGUGUGACGGCGAUGGGAGGGAUUGAAUGCGUUGGUGGAUUGGAGCUUGAUAGCAGCUUCAGAGUCUGGAACAAAAGGGUGAGGGAAACACGAGUAUUGCCGUCAUUGAGG